AUGUUUUGGAAGCCUGGGACGCUAACCUAUCGAGGGUGGAAGACGUUGCACAUGACCGAACAGAAUGGCAAAAGCUUUCUGACCAAUGCACUCAACAGUGAGAACUCGGAAAAUGUUGAAAAGCAGACCUCCAGGGUGGCAAGGACAGAAUUCCUCCGUAAACGUGCGCGCCUCUCGCUCCCCGAUGCCCCUGCAGCCGAGGUGUCCACUCGGAGUCUUAACUUGUUCAGCGACGGGGAGGGGGACGAGGGGCGGAUGGGUGGGAGCAAGGAGUAUGAGGAAGAGAAACGGCAGGAGAAGGAGAGGCGUGAGCGUUCACUGGGGAUCCUGACCUACCUGGGACAGAGCGUGUGGGAAUCGCAAACGGCCGGCCCGUGGUACGCACGUGUGCCCGAGCACGGGACGGAGGCCGAGGCUGAGAAGGGGCGCAAGCGGAGAAUGGACCCACUGAGGAACAUGAGAGAGUGGCUGAGAGGAGGGGGAGGGAAGAGUGGGGGUGGAGGAGGAGGAAGGGAAGGAGGAUGGCGAAGAGGAGGGGUAGUGAGUCUGAGGGAGGAGAGGCUGCGGAGGGAGGAGGCAGAGAGAAAGCGGGCAGAGGCAUUACUGAGGGGGGUGGAGGGGCAGAGGGAGGGUGAAGGGCGGAAGGAGGGUGAGGGGCAGAGGGAGGGUGAGGGGAACUCGAGGGCCUACAACUCCCAGUUCCACCCUGAGCUCAGCCGACGGUAUAACAAGAGGCAUCGGUGAUGGGAGGGGGGAGGGAGUGCCGUUGGGGGGAGGGAGGAAGAGAGCUUUGUGGUGAGAGGAGCAGUGCCGUGGGGGCGGAG